AUGGAAGAAGAUAAUAUAAAAAUAAAAAUAAAAAGUAUAAAUAAUGAAGAAUAUGAAUUAUGUGUAAAACAAAAUAUGAAUACGGAAGAAUUAAAAAGUAUACUAGCUGAGAAAAAAAAUGUAAAUAAAAAUGAUAUAAGAUUAAUAUAUCAAGGGCAAUGUUUAUCUAAUGAAAAAACUAUUUCAGAUUAUAAUAUACAAAAUGAUCAUAUAAUUCAUCUAGUUGUUAGAAAAAGAGAAAAUGCAAACAAUGAUGGUGACAAUAAAAAUGAUAAUAUUAAUACUAACCCAAAUAGAAUUAAUGAAAAUAUAAUAAAUGAUCCUCUAAAUAUUAACUUUGCUUCUCAUAUGAAUCAAAAUAACAGUAGUAGUACCAAUACAACUAAUAAUGCUUCUCCUUUUUAUUUUACUCAUAUGAGAUUAACUAGAAAUGAUAAUUUAGAAAACGAUUUGAUGGGUCAGAAUAAUAUAUAUUCUUUAUUAAACGAUAUUAUGAGUCAAGUAAAUAUAAAUCCCAGUUUUAUAUAUGGCGCAGCAGCAGCAACUAGCGAUAAUAUAUUUACAAAUAGCAUGAAUCAAAAUAUGAAUGAUUAUAGUAAUAAUAGAAAAGAAAAUAAAAAAAAUGAAGAAGAUAACAGUAACAAAGAAACAAAUAUAAAAAAAGAUGAAGAGAAGAAACAAAAAAUUAAAAACUCAAACAGCGUUAAAAAAAAUGACGAUAAUACUAAUUUAGAAAUAGAUCAAAAAAAGGAUAGAGAAAAAAAAGGAAAAGGAAAAAUAAUUGAAAACGAAGAAGAAGAAGGAAAAAAUAGAGAUAAAAAAAAAAUGAUAAAUAAUCAAAUAGAAAAAGAAGGAUAUAACAAAAAUGAAGGUAGGGAAUACAAAGAAAAAGAUAAAAAGGAAGAAGAAAAAGAAAUAAAAAAGAAGAAAAAAAGAAAAAAUAUAAAUGAUGAAAAAAAAUAUUAUAAAAAUAAAAAUAGAGAAGAUAAUAAAGAUUAUAAUUUUAGUGAUUCUAAAAGUAGCUCAAGUAACGAGUCGCAUAGUAGUAAUUCAGGUUUAUCAGAAAGUGAUGAUACUGAAGAAGAAGAAGAAGAAAGAAAAAAACAUGCACAAAGAAUAAAAAAAAAAAGAACUAAGAAUAAGUAUAAGAAAAAAAAAUAUUAUGAUUAUAGUAGUUUUACUUCUGAUGAUGAACCAUUUAAAAAAGAUGAAAGAAUAAGAAAACCAAAUGGAAAUGCAUUUGAUGAAAAUUAUUAUUAUCCACAUAGUUAUUAUUACAACAGCAAUAUAAGAAGCGAUAAUAAUAAUAUCUUAAAAAAAAAAAAUAAUUUGAGUAAAUAUUCAUAUCCAUUUAUAGGUGAUGCAUUGAAAGGUUCGUAUAAUGAAAAACAAAAUUAUAGUUAUAGAGAUGAUUUUAAUGAAAUAUAUGAAAAUAUAAAUGAUAAUAAAAUAGAUUAUUUAUUACAAAAAAGAGAGAGAAAAAAAAAUAUAUUUAGUGAUUAUAAUAAAAAUAUGUUAAAUUCAACAAAAAGGAAUACUAAUAAUAUGAUGGGCAUUAAUAAUAAUAUUUCCAAUAAAAAUAUUCAUAAUUGUAGAGGUAUGCUAGGAAUGUCAAAUAUAAUAAAAAAUUCUAAUGAAUGUAUAUCUGGAGGCAAAGAUGAUUGUUGUUAUUCUAAAAAUUACUCAAAUAUAAUCCCAUUGAGCGACACAGAAAGAAAUAAUCAAAUAAUUAGAAAUGAUUCAUUCAGAACUAAUUCUAGAAUAGCUAUUAAUGAGCCUGUUGUUUUAUCAUCUAACAAUUCAGUAGCUGGAAAUAUGAGAUCUAUUCAAAUGACUAGUAAUAGAAGAAAUAGUACAUUGAGAAGAAGUGAGCCAAAAUGUUUAAAUGAUAUAAACGAUUCGGAAUAUAAAAAUGUUGAAAUUAACAUUCCUUGGAGAGUUAUUGAGCAAUUAUUAGUUUUAUUAGAAGAGGAAACAGGAUAUAGAAGACCUGAUUUAUCUUCGUAUAUUCAUUCUUAUUACAAUUCUAAUUCUAUUUAUGUAUUUUUUUAUUUAUUCGUUCAUAUCAAUAAUAUUAUUAACAGUAUAAUUAUUCAGUUUAACCACGCUAAUUUCCUUAAUAAUGAUAUUAGUAUGUCUUCAUUUUCUAGAAUAAGUUUAAUAUUGUCAUUAGCCUCUGUUAUUUUUUCAAAAUUAUCUAAUUUCUUUUUUGUUUUUUAUGAUAAUUUUUAUUUUCCUAAUUAUGGAAAUAAUUAUAGAAAUCCUGAUUCUAUAAAUCACGAAUUUUUAAGAGAAAUAAGAAAUUUGUAUUAUAGUAAUAACAGAAAUAAUAAUAUUAAUAAUAAUAGAUUUUAUCAAAACAACAAUGCUCACAUGAAUAUGGAUGCAUAUAAUCAAAAUUCUUUUUCCUAUCCUAAUAAUUUUAAUCAUAAUUACUAUCCACUUCCGUAUGAUAUGAGGAAUAAUUGUUGUAAUAAAACAAAUUUACAACAAGAAUUUGAAGAUUAUUAUAAAAAUUAUUUACCAUAUGUUAAAGAUAGUAAACAUAUGAUUUUAAGAAAAGAUAAUUUAAAUAAUAAUAAAGAUAAUAAUUUUAAUCAAAAUAAUUCACUAAGAGAGGAUAAUAAUAACAGUAAUAGUAAAAUGAGUACUGGUAAUAAAUUUUAUAAUAAAUUAUUAAUUGAAAACAAUGAAAUUAAUGAAAUUAAUAAUACUUUUUUAAAAAAUGAUAAAAUAAAAGAGAAUAGUGAAUCCAAUAAUAAUUCGUUUCUCCACCUUUCUAAUAAAAAUAAAUCAGUACCAAAUUCAUAUAAAAAAAAAAGAAAUAAUGAAAAAGAAAAAGAGAAGAAAAAGCAUCAUAGGCAUUAUAAUGAAAAUGGUUUAUUUAAAGAUAUUGACUCCUACAAGAGUGAUAGUAUUGAAAGAAGAGAAAGUAGUAGUGAUAGUAGUAAUAAUAAAAAUAAAAAAAAUAAUAUUUUCAGUGAUUUUAAUUCAAAUAAUCCAAACAUGAAAGAAAAAAAAGAAAAUAUCAUGGAAAAUUUUCAUAGUAAAUUAAAAAGUACAAAUAACGAGAGAACAAAUGAGAAAAAUUAUAAUAAAAAUUUUCCUAAUGAAAUUAAUUUAAAUAAUAUAGAAAAUCGAAAUGAUAAAGAUAAUGCAUUAAAUACUUUAUUAAAUAAUAAUUUAAUUUUUUAUGAUAGUAACAUUGAUGAUAUAUAUGAUCUAUCAGAAGAUGGAAAAGAAAAAGGCCUAAUAGUAGAGAAGAAAGAAGAAACAAAAAAAAACAAAAAUACAGAUAAUAUUAAAGAGGAAAAACAAAAUGAUAAUGUAAUAGAAAAAAAAAAAGAAAUAUUAUCUGAAAGUAAUAAAACAAAAAAUGUUAACAGUAUUUCUCCACUAAAUGUUUUAGUUAACCAAAAUGAUAAUAAUAUAAUCAAUGAUAACAAAAAUAACUCAAAUAAAUCCUCUAUACCAAAUUUGAAUUUAUCAAGUAUUUUAAAUAAUGCUCAGAACCAAAUGACUAAUAACACAAAAGAAGCAACUGCAAAUGAUAAUUUUGAAGGAGUGCCUGAUGAAGUAAAAGAAAGAUAUAAAAAUUGGGUGGAAAAUUCUCAAAUAUUUUCGGGACAAAUGAUAAAAAUUUGCAAAAACAAAAGACCAUUAAGCAAUGCAUAUGUUGGAGGAAAUGCAUCAAAAGAUGAUAUAUCUUAUAGCAAUUUGUUGCAAUUCUUAUGGAAAAGAAAUAUGAGCACUUUAAAUGUUAACUUAAAUUUAGAAGUUACAGAAGAAUUGUUAAAUUCAUUUGAUUUUCAUACUUUAGAAUUUAUAAUGAAGUCGAUAAAAAAUAAUGAAGAUUAUAAAACAGAGAAAUUUAAAUAUCCAAAUAUUGCACUUUGUGAAGAACUAUUUGAAGAGAUAGAAAGAAAAAAACAACAAUAA